AUGUAUAUGACCGAGACCCAUCGAUACAGCCCUUUCCUCGUUACGGCCCUGUAUCUGGCCGCUUCGAAAGGCUACCCUGACAUUGUGUCAUUUCUCCUUGACCACGGUGCCGAUAUCGACGGGGUCCCGGACUGCCGGCUACGCACUCCCGUCUUCCUUUCACUUCUCAGCGGAGACGCCAAGACGUCUAUGAUUCUCCUUCGGCGCGGCGCACGGCUCGAGUCUCCCGGGUUUGGCAUUAACGCCCUUCAUCAAGCCGCAGCCGCCGGGCUCACCGAAGUGAUCUCGUAUCUUGUCGACGAGAAAGGAAUGGAAGUGAACGAGGCCGACAACAACGGGGACACGCCGCUGAUUCACUCUCUGUUGUCUCCGUCGCCAGAAACAGUCAUAGGUCAGCUGGCGUAG